GACUACCGCGGGGCCGUCGCCGAGACCGCCGCGGGCGUCAAGUGCCAGUACUGGACGUCGCAGGAGCCCACCAAGCACGCCUACUCCCCCGACGACUACCCGGACGCGGGCCUCGGCGACCACAACUUCUGCCGCAACCCCGACGGCGACGGCGGCGGGGCCUGGUGCGUCAACGGCGAGGGCACGCAGCCGGAAUGGGACUACUGCGACGUGCCCUACUGC